CUGCUGGGGAGCCCCGCCGCGGUGUCGGCCAGCGAGGUGAUGCUGGUGGCCGCCGUCUUCUGCCUGGUGUUCCUGCUGCUCCAGUGGCUGCAGCAGCAGCAGCGGGCCGUGGCCGAGGGGCUGCGGAGGCCGCCGGGCCCGCGGGGCUAUCCCAUCCUGGGGAACGUGCUGGAGCUGCGCAAGGACACGCACCUGGCGCUGACGCGGCUGAGCCGGCGCUACGGGGAUGUGAUGGAGGUGCGCAUCGGCACCAGGCCCGUGCUGGUGCUCGGCGGGCUCGACACCAUCAGGCAAGCCCUGGUCAAGCAAGGAGAGGACUUCAUGGGGCGCCCCGACCUCUACAGCUUCCACUACAUCUCCAACGGGCAGAGCCUGGCGUUCAGCCCCGACUCCGGGGAGGUGUGGAAAGCGCGCAGGAAGCUGGCCCAGAGCGCCCUGAAGAGCUUCUCCAUCGCCCCCAGCCCCACGUCGUCCUGCAGCUGCCUGCUGGAGGAGCACGUGCUGGAGGAGCACGUCUCCAAGGAGGCCGAGUACCUGGUCACCAAAUUCCUGCAGCUGAUGGAGGAGGAGAAGAGGUUUGACCUCAACCAGUACCUGGUGGUGUCGGUGGCCAACGUCAUCUGUGCCAUGUGCUUCGGCAAGCGCUACGAGCACGAGGACCAGGAGCUGCUCAGCCUGGUGAACCUGGGCAACGAGUUUGGAGAGGUUGCCGGGGGUGGCCACCCAGCCGACUUCAUCCCCGUGCUCCGGUACCUCCCCAGCCGCACCAUGGAGAUCUUCAAGGACAUCAACAGGCGCUUCAACGCCUUCGUGCAGAAAAUUGUGCAGGAGCAUUACAGCAGCUUUGAUAAGGAGCACAUCCGGGACAUCACGGACUCGCUGAUUGGGCACUGCCAGGACAAGAGCGUCGGGGAGGAUGCCCACGUCCAGCUCUCCAACGAGAAGAUCAUCCACAUCGUCAAUGACCUCUUUGGGGCAGGCUUCGACACUGUGGCAACUGCCCUGUCCUGGAGCCUCAUGUACAGUGCCUUGUACCCCGACAUCCAGAGGAAGAUCCAGGAAGAGCUCGACCGGACCAUUGGGCGGGAGAGGCGGCCGCGGCUGUCGGACCGGGGCACGCUGCCCUACACGGAAGCUUUUAUCCUGGAGAUGUUCAGGCAUUCCUCCUUCGUGCCCUUCACCAUCCCACACAGCACGACAAGAGCGACAGUGCUGAACGGUUACUACAUCCCCAAGGACACCUGCGUGUUCAUCAACCAGUGGCAGGUGAACCACGAUGAGACCCUUUGGAAGGAGCCCUCAGCCUUCAAGCCCGAGCGGUUCCUGACCCCCGAUGGGACAGAACUGAACCGGACGGAGGCUGAGAAGGUGCUGGCCUUCGGGCUGGGCAAGCGGCGCUGCCUCGGGGAGACCAUCGGCCGCUGGGAGAUCUUCCUCUUCCUCACCACGCUGCUGCAGCAGCUGCACUUCAGCCUGCGGCCUGGGGAGCACGUGGACAUCACCCCCCAGUACGGACUGACCAUGAAGUACAAGAAGUGCGAGGCUUUCCAGAUCCAGCAGCGUUUUCCCUUGAAAAGCUCGCCGUGAGCUGCUGCCGGGGGAGGCAGCCCCGGGAGCCGGACACUCGGCCUUGUUGUGGUUGCUGAGGCUGCCAGUCGCUGCCUGUGCUGCUUCACCAGAGGCUGGUUCCUCCCCUGGGAACGGCAGCUGGGCUUGGUGAGGCUUUUCCCAGCCCCUGGAGCCAGCUCCAUCACCCCUUCCCACAGGGAUGCUCCCAGGAGCUCUCUUGGAGAGGUCCAGCCUGUGGUGGGGAGCGGGAUGCUCAAGGCUUGCCAUGUCCUCCACCUGCCACGGUAUAUUAUAAAAUAAUAUAUUUUAUUAUAUAAAUAAAGCUAUAGGUUCCUCUCCUGCCCAGGAUCCUGCCCAGCAGUAUCCCACAGGCUGAAAUCCUCUUUUCCAACCCCUUGUGCCGCCAGGAAUGGGCUCUUCCCGCUGCUUCAGAAAGGCUUUGGAGGCUGGAGAAGAGUCCACCCCUGUCCUGGGGACACCCACACACCCCAAUUCCUGGAAUGUAAACUCAUGGAGUGAAUUCCAGAGUGUUCCUACCGAUUUAAAAAAAUAAAAUAAAAUCCACCAGCAGUGCUGCUCACAAAUUGAGAUUUUAAAUCAAUCCCUACUGUGGAGCCUCCUGGAAAAUCCCAAAGGAUUGAGGAAGAGGGAACUGUAGGACACUCCUAGCUUUCAGAAUAACUCUGUAUUUGCUGCCUUUAUUAAUAUCAGGGGUUAAUUUUAUAUUAUUGCUUAAUCAAGCAAUAGAUUUCUAUAGCCAGAAAAAGGAGCAAGGGUUUGAGGAUCGAGGGAGGUGCCUCGUGCUGCAUUCAGUGAAGCCUCAUGGCAAACGGAGCAGCAAUUCCUGCCUGUUUGGAACGCAGCCCAGUGCUGGCAUGGAAGCCACACCGUAUUUCUAACCCUAUAAAUAAUUAUAUCAACGUUU